AUGCCUCAAGCUCACGAGCCGAUCGCUUGCGCCAUCAUGGUCUCCGUCUUCGUGACUACCAUCGCACGCUCCUCCCCUCAUCCCACGCGUGCAGGUACUGAGCGUCGGUCCUCAAGCUCCUCCGUACAUCCGCACCCGUCGCCGCACCUCGACCAAGCGCAGCUUUCGAUGCCGCGCAAGCUAGGCAAGAAAUCCAGUCUGCGCCGCACCAGAUCAGGGGACGGCAUUCCCGCCGCCAUGUCCGCCACCGCAAGCAGAACCGCGGACGCCGCCGCCACCGCUAUUAGCACCACCGCCGCCGGCGCGGGGCCGGGAUCCAACGCUGCUAAUAUCAGCAGGCGUCGCUGGCAACUUGCCAUUCUUGACAAUUCCGCCGCCGGCGCCUCCGCCGCGGCUGCGGAAGGUAUGCCCGCAGAGAACGCGCUUAUUGCCACCGAGACGAUCCGCGGAGGCUCUUCCGAGCGCGGGGAUAACUGCUCUGAUGGCGGAGAGGCAGCAGUGGCAGUAGGCGGCACCGCGAAAGCGGAUUUCUCGGUGGAAGCGAAAAUCGCCGUCUCGUCAGCGCAACCUCUCUCCUGCGGCGUUGUGGAGGCGUCAUCCGAGGGAGCUUCUGCUUCAGUAGAAGCAGCGGCAGCUUCAGAAGUUUCAGCAGUCGCUUCUGCAGUAGCGUCGGACGAGGAGAUUUUGGCGGCAAGCAGCAGCAGCACUAGCAGCAGCAGCAGCAGCAUCCGCGCUGGUGGCAACGCCACAGCCGUGGACCGUCUGAGCUCGUUCUCGCGGUCCUUCCGCUCCUCCGUGCAUCAGCUGCUCAAGCGGGCCCUCGUCCUGCCGCAGAUUCUGCCGCUGCGCAAACCAGCGCCUGCUGACGACCCUGCCGCCGCCGCCGCCGCCAACGCCAACGCCGUAGCAGCAGCAGCAGAAACGCCGGAGCCGUCGUUCUUAGUCGACCGCGCAACAGAUAAUAACUCUCGUGCGAGCAGCAGCGACGGCAGCGGCAGCGGCAGCUUCGGCCCGAAAUUUGAUGAGGGUUUGCGAGACCGGGAUGGCCGGGCGCGCAGCCGUCCCGUGUCAGCAGGUGAUGCAGCUGCGGCCGUGGCGGCGGCGUUGUCGCGGAACAACGCUGCCGGCGCAAGAAAGCUCGUGCCAAGGGGUGCGGGGGUCGGCGCGGACGCGGACUUGGAGCGGCAGCUGCAGCAGCAGCGCGGGCGGUGGUCCAUGGACCGCGCGGAAAGCGAGCACGCGCGGAGCCUGCGGGAGGGGCUGAAGAUGCAGCUCCGCCAAGGGGGAAGAGGUGGCGCUGUUGCGGGAGCGGCGGUAGGUACUGGUCGGGGGCGAGGUGGCGGGGGGGAAAAAGGGGUAGGCGGAGGGAGAGGAAGAGGGAGAGAGAGCGGGAGGAGACGAUCCGGAACGGCGGUGGGCAGAGGGGCAGAGCUACGAGGAGGCGCGGGAGAGGCUGCGACGAUAGUAGGUGGCGCGACAGGCGGGAAAUCAGUGGACGGCGCAACCGACGCAACCGACGCAACCAGCAACUUACUGGGGUCGAUCAGCCAAUGCGCGGCUACUACUGCGGUGGCGGAGAAUAGCGCGGACUCCGCGGACGGAAACGCCGCCGAGACGCGCAGCGCGGAGGCGGGCGGCGACGGGAAUGGCGCAAACAGCUCAAACGGCGGAGAUGGCGCUAACGGCGCGAGCAGCUACCCGUCAAGUCUCGCCUCAUGGCCGAACGAGUCGCCAUCUGCUGUUUCUUCCCCCACGGCUUCCGCCGCUUCUGAGGCGGGAUCCGCCGCGUCGUGGACUUGCCCGGGCGCGCUCCCCGCUGCGCGCCACCCCGUUCGGCCCACCUCCCUCGCGCUGGUUUUGAAACGAGGACGCGGGAGCGUAUCGGAGAGAAUUGGCACGGGGAGAGGCGCGGAGAGAAGCGCGGGGAGAAGCGCGGGCUUGGAAAGUAGUUCCGGCGGCAGCAGCCGGCGCAUCAGCUUCCCCCCGGGCGGUUCAAUGGGUGAUCGAAGUCGUUCCGAAACCACUCGUGGUACUGCCAGCGGCGGUCUCGGCGUCGGCGGCGGCGGCGGCGGUGGCGGAGUCGGCCAUAGGAGUUUACUGGUGGCGCGUACUGCUGCGCUGGCAUCCGCCAGGCCUACCGCUGCUGGUGGUGGCGAUGCGACAGGGCGCCGCAGUCGACGAACCCGCCUCGCGAUUACUACUCACACUACUUACGCUACUUACACUACUAAAGCUACUAGUAGUAGCAGCGCUAAUAGUGGUAGUGGUGUUGAAAUCUCGCCUGGUUGUGCGACCGCCGGUGGCGGAAAGGAGAGUGGCGGAGGUGAUAUUGGCCGGAGUUUGACACGCGAUAGCAGCGGCAGCGGGCAGGACGGAGGUGCUGGUAGUGCUAGCAGAAGCAAGGCGGAAGCGUGCGCGAGGGACGCGGACAAGGCGCGGCCCCCCUGGGGCGCGCGAGCCCCGGGCGCAGCGCUGAAACCGAAUGUGGUCCUGAAGGGAGAUGAGAGGUGGGGAGGAGUGGAGAGCGGUGCUGACGUGCGCGUGGAGGGUGUGGUGAGCGCAGGCACGGGAAAGAAGAAUUGCGUUGCUGACACGUAUGCUGGGGCGGAUGGGGGUGGCGGGGUGGGUGGGGUUGGCGGGGCGAGUGAGGCUGGUGAAUCUGGUGAGGAGGCCACGCAAGGGACUCUAAAUGCAGCAGGGAAGGGGGAAGAGGAGGGCGUGGAGGUGGAGGAAGCGGGAAUGGGAGUGGGAGACCUGGAGGAACAGAGGGGGGGGGACGAAGUGGGGGCUGAGAAGGGGAAUGAGGAACAGGAACUAGCAGAGGAGUGUGUUGAGAAGGCAGAGGAGUGUGUUGAGAAGGCAGAGGAGUGUGGUGGGGAGAGGCUGGCAAGCGGAGAGACAAUGCAAUGCAACCAGGAUUUGUCGGUGGCCAGGGAUGGCGGGGUUGGCAGGGACGUGUUGGAGGAUGUUGCUUCAGAGGUUGUGCACUCAGUGGCUGCAGGUGGUGCUCUUGCUGCUGAUCAUGCCGAAGCUGGCGCCGGGGCUUAUGCUGAGGCUGAUGCUGAAGCUGAUGCGGAAGCUGAUACCGGGGCUGAUGCCGAAGCUGAUGCCGGGGUUGAUGCCUGUUUCUUGGCUGAUGCCAAGAAACAUGAGCAGGGCGGAGGCACGGUUUUUAGCAAGCAGGACACGCCUGUGUGCUUGCCACAGGCACAAGGGAAUGUAACACAAAGGACGUUCGGGAAUGACAGAAUCAUACGCACGGGUGUUGCUGAACCUCCAUCGGUGAAGCAUGCUGGUGCUGAUGUGGAGGAGGACAGGGACAGCCACCAGGCCACGGGCAGCCGAGAGGAGUUUCAGGUUGUGCUGGAGUUGAGUGGAGCGACUACGCCUGGGGAGGACGAGAGCAGGGUCAGAGUGUGUGAAGCCCUGUCCCUGUGGCCCAACCCACUGCCACUGGUGGAUCGCAAUCUGGAUGCAGCUGCCGCUGCUCUCGCCAAGGUGCGCCCGCUCGCCCUGCGCCUGCGAGCCAUGGCCUCUGCUGCUAAUGCCAGCUCCCGAGUCAAGGCAAAAGCAGUCGCCGCUGCAGCAGCAGCAGAGGCAGAGCUGUUGGCCGAGGAGGCUGUUGCUGAGAGUGCUGGUGCGUCUCAAGAAGGGGAUGGUGGGGAGGGUGCUAUGAGAGAGGCUUUGGCAGAGGGAGGUGGUGCAGUAGAUGGGGAAAACGGUGUUGGUGCAGGUGCAGGUGCAGCAGCGGCAGCGAUGGUCGAGGUGGCAGCAGCAGUGGGAGCUGCUGCUUCUGCUGCUGCUGCUGCUGCUGCUGCUGCCCCGCCUGCUUGUUCAUUCACAGGAGAGGCUAGUCCAACAGCCGCAGGUGCAGGUGCCGGCAGCAGCAGCACUGCUGCAACAGCAGCAGUUAUGGCAUCGCAACCCCAGCAGUGCCCUUUCAUGGGUGCACCACCCAGCAGCUCCGUCCCCCCUCCGUCACUGCCUGUGAGGCUCGUCCGUGGGGCUCCCCUCGUUCCUGCAUCCCCCACAAAGAAGCUAGGGAGCAGUACUGGACAAAGGCCUGCUUCUCUGCGACUGCCAUCCGAGCCAAUUACUGAGCUACCACAUAAAACAAUAGAGAAGGCACCACAUGGGAAUGCGGUUGUGAAAGCUGUGGAUGUGGAUGUGGAGAUGAGGAGAUUCUCGCUAGGAGUAACCGGCUUGGAUGUCACCCCUCCUCCAACCACCAUCCAAGUGACCUGGACUCGUCGUCCUUGGAGACGGAAAAACACUCAUCCAUACCUCGAUUCCCCCUUCUCCCCGAGCAGCCUCCCUUUCCCCCAUCCACUCGUCCACUUCCCCCGCAACACCGCGGCGAUCCCCCCGCCCCCACGACUGACCACCGCCACGAACAUGGACCGCGUUGUCCCUCCUUUCCGCCCCCGCCCGCACCACCACCUGGUCACUACAGAGCAGAGAAGCACGCAACAGCCAAGGAAGGAGGCUCUUCCUCCCUCUCAUCCCGCACGUUGCGCUUGUGCUUCAAGCUCGCUGUCCUCCUCCACCGUUCCUCGCCGCUGUCGUCUCUCAUCGGUCGUCGCUCGUCUUAGCGCAUCGCUCUUGCAGAACGCUCAAGCACUACUCGCUCCUGUGGCCGCCAUGGCUCCACACAAUCGCCAUGCGUCCCCACACCAACGCGCGUCCUCCUCUCUCGGCCUAUUCCUGACGUUGACGCUGCUCCUACUAGCCUCCCCCCUCGCGCCCGCCGAGACAGACAUGUCCGCCGCUACCUACAACGUGCCGUACUCGGAAUGCCAGCGCAACCCCGCGCUGCGCAAAUCGAAAGUCGGAGCGGGAGUGGAUUCGGUGUUGGCGCUGUGUCUCAAGUCCACCACGUCGCUCGAGACCAACUUCGAGAAUGCCAACAAGCUCUUCAUCGGCAACAUGUCCAACGUCGCAUCCUUCGGCGCGUUCUGCGUGGAGAUUCAAGAGACGCUACUAGUGAGCGACGACGGGCUGAGCAUCUACCCGGCGCCGCUGCCCUCCUUCUUCCUCCGCCAGGGGUGGACGCUGCCGCUGUGGGGCCCCGCGCCCGACCCGUCGCUGGUGAACGAGACGGUGCAGAUGACGCUCACCAACAACGGCGUCACGGACCUCAGCGUCACCGGCCUCGACUUCACGCAGUUUGGCCUGCCCGCCGAUUUCUCUGUUGGACCCGGCCUCUCUGCGAACCUGACUUUCAACCGCACGCAGGUGAACCUGGACUUUGAGACCCUCCCGCUGCUGCAGACGUACCUGUCGGGCACGAACCCGCCGGACCUGCAGGCAGACGAGGUGAUCUCCGUGGUCAUCGUCAAGCUCUACCCGGACGACCCCGACGGGCUGCUCGGCCGUGCCGCCUACGUGUUCCUCAAGCCCACCAACGACCAGAUCAACCCCUACGAGUUUUACCUUUUCGAGGCGAAUUACUACCUGCCGCCGCCCACCUCGUCCGGGCGGCGGCGGCUGCUCGCGGCGAUCCCCAAGACCACGUCGCCGCCGUCGGGGAGCCAGAAGGGGUGCUGCGCUAAGGCCAAGAUUCCCCCCACGUGCAAACCGGGUGCGCCCACGUGGCCCUCGUGUAGGAGCCCGCCCUGCAAGACGCCCUGCUAG